ACUCAUUGUACAGAUGCGAAGCGGUUGAUCGGUCGGAAAUUCGAGGACAGCACUGUCCAAAGCGACAUGAAGCACUGGCCGUUCACUGUCGUCAGCGAUGGCGGCAAGCCGAAAAUUAGGGUAGCCUAUAAAGGGGAAGACAAAACUUUCUCCCCGGAAGAAAUCAGCUCAAUGGUGCUUCUGAAGAUGAAGGAAACAGCAGAGGCGUAUCUGGGUAAAACCGUUACAGAUGCAGUCGUCACUGUACCUGCCUAUUUUAACGACUCCCAACGUCAAGCCACAAAGGAUGCUGGUACCAUCUCUGGUCUGAACGUCCUUCGUAUCAUCAACGAGCCAACCGCUGCAGCUAUUGCAUAUGGCUUGGACAAGAAGGUUGGCGGAGAACGCAAUGUUCUUAUCUUCGAUCUUGGUGGAGGAACUUUCGAUGUAUCCAUCCUUUCUAUUGAAGACGGCAUCUUCGAAGUCAAGUCCACUGCCGGCGAUACUCAUUUGGGUGGUGAAGAUUUUGAUAACCGUAUGGUCAACCACUUGCUGCAGGAAUUCAAGCGGAAGUACAAGAAGGAUAUGUCAGACAAUAAGCGAGCUGUUCGUCGUCUCAGAACUGCCUGUGAGCGGGCGAAGCGUACCCUGUCAUCAUCCACCCAAGCUUCUAUCGAAAUUGAUUCUUUGUAUGAGGGCAUUGAUUUUUACACAUCCGUCACUCGAGCACGAUUUGAAGAGCUUUGCGCUGACUUGUUCCGAUCAACUUUGGACCCUGUUGAGAAGUCAAUCCGGGAUGCCAAGAUGGAUAAGGGCGUUAUUAAUGAAAUCGUUCUGGUUGGUGGAUCUACUCGUAUUCCAAGAAUUCAGAAGUUGUUGCAAGACUUCUUCAACGGGAAGGAGUUGAACAAAUCCAUCAAUCCCGAUGAAGCCGUUGCGUAUGGUGCUGCAGUCCAGGCUGCAAUUCUUCAUGGCGAUAAGUCGGAAGAGGUGCAGGACCUUCUGCUUUUGGAUGUAACGCCUCUUUCCUUGGGCAUUGAAACUGCUGGCGGUGUUAUGACCAGCUUGAUCAAGCGGAAUACUACCAUUCCCACGAAGCAGCAGCAGACUUUCACAACUUACUCGGAUAAUCAGCCUGGUGUAUUGAUUCAGGUCUACGAAGGCGAACGUGCGAUGACAAAAGAUAAUAAUCUUCUUGGCAAAUUCGAGCUUUCCGGAAUUCCCCCUGCUCCUCGUGGCGUUCCACAAAUUGAAGUCACAUUUGAUAUUGACGCCAAUGGUAUCUUGAAUGUCUCAGCUUGCGACAAAUCCACCGGCAGGGAAAACAAGAUCACGAUCACCAAUGACAAGGGAAGACUCUCGAAGGAAGAAAUUGAACGCAUGGUCAGAGAUGCGGAGUCCUACCGUGCCGAGGACGAUAAGCAGCGUGAUCGCGUCAGUGCCAAGAACGGAUUGGAAUCGUACGUUUUCUCUAUGAAGUCAACCCUGGAUGAUGAAAAACUGAAGGAUAAAAUCCCAGAGGAUGACAAGAAAAAGAUUUUGGAGAAGUGCGACGAAACCCUCAAGUGGCUUGAUGCAAAUCAGUUGGCGGAGAAGGAGGAAUUCGAACAUAAGCAAAAAGAUCUUGAAGCCAUCUGCAAUCCUAUCAUGGUGAAGAUGUAUCAGGCAGCUGGUGGUGCGGGAGGCAUGCCAGGUGGGAUGCCGGGAGGUAUGCCUGGAUUCCCUGGUGCAGGUGGAGCGGCCCCGGGUGCAGGCGGUGCUGCGGGUAGCGGGCCCACCAUUGAGGAAGUCGACUAAAUCUCGGUGUCGAAUUUCUUAUGCACCGCGGGACUCUUCUGUCAGUUUUCUUUUUACCGAACUAGAAUUUUUUUUUCCUCAUGAAUUGCUUAGCCGGAUGAAUUGUUCUCUUGCUGAGCGUCGGACAAAUUCAGUAUAACUUGUCGAAGUGCGCUGUGUAUUGUGUUGAGCGUGUCCACGUAUUAUGUCGCUUCUGAUAAAAACUGCCGUCGAACUGGAAA